UAAAAAUAUUCCAAAUUUACAGAAAAAUGGCGACUGGAGGUACUGAGUCUGGUUCAGUAAUGGAUCAAAUGCUGAAAUUGUUUGAACCUCCAGGAGGAUAUCCUCCAGAAAGGGACGCAGAACUUCAUCCAUAUUUUCGUCGGCCUGGCCGGGGACACAACCACGAUACUUGCGACUCAUGUCGAGAAGGCGGAGCACUUAUAUGCUGUGAUUCCUGUCCCGCCUCCUUUCAUCUCCACUGCCACGAUCCACCGCUAGAGGAUGAGGAUAUACCUGAAGGGGAUUGGAUGUGUAUAAAAUGUUUCGCUGGUCAUCCUGAUCAACAGAAGCUGACAACACCAGGGCUGUCAGUAGAGACAGCUGUCAGCAAGAAGGCAGAAAAAGGAGAACUAGAGUUAAGUAAAAAAUCUGCUCUGGACAGGAGUAAAGGUAAAGGUGAAGCUGACAAGAGUAAAGGAAAACCUGAUGCUGAAAAGAGCAAGAUCAAGAUUGAAGCGGAGAAGGACAAACUGAAUGUUGGAGAUCAUGAUUGGAGGCCGAAGAAACGAAAACCUCUGGAUGGAGAGGACAUGAGACCAAAACGAGCAACAAGGAUGUUGAAGAAGACGAAGUAUAAUGAUAACAGUACAGAGGAGGAGUACAGUGAAUCAGAGUUCCUGGAUCUGGUCACCAACUCAACCAACCCUCCUCUCAGACGCCAGAACUACUUUGAUAUUUACGCUGAGCACCUAGCGAGGAAACCUAGAACUACAUCUACGCUGUUUAAAGCUCUAGUAGAGGCAGCCAAUAUUCAGAAUGCGGAAGAGUUCCAGCUGCCGAAGAAUAUCCAUGUUCCUGAAAAGUUUCCCUACGCUUGGAAAUGGUCCACGGAGGAACGACGUCUCAGACUACACGCGGCAGAGGAUGGUGAGAACAGGGGUAAACCUAAACUUUGCUACACUUGUGUCAGGUCCAGCCGUCUCGGACCUCUAGUCCAGUGUGAUUUCUGUCCUUGUGUUUUCCAUAUGGACUGCUUGGAUCCCCCCUUGGCUGAGAUACCAAGUGAUGUCUGGAUGUGUCCGAACCAUGUUGAAAGUCUCCUGGACUCACGUCUCACCUCCAGUCGCCUCACGGAGCGGGUCAACUUAUGGGAUAAGUUUGCAAAUCAGCAGCUUGACGGUCACGCGGUUAAACUGCAGUUUUUAAAGAAAUGUGCGCGAAAGAACCCAAUGUUUACGCGACGAGUUGCUACCGUUGCCGCGAGAAAGCGUGUUCAGGUUCCGACCUUUAUCAAGGUUCAGUAUUCUCAACCUCCCUCCCUACUUCCUGGACCUGGAUAUGAUAGAUGGAAGGAUCCGACAGUUAACCGGAGACUCCAACCAAACCUGGAAGAUUCCGAGGAUCAAUCUCUGUCUCCGGCUGAAGAUGAUGAACCCAAGAUUAGGACUGAAUCAAGUCUAGAUUGUGAUGAAAACUUUUCUCCUGAAACUGAUGAGACUGCUGAAGAUACUCCUAACACUUGUAAAGCUUCCAAAGUAGAGUUGGAAACCAAUGAUUCUCCUGAAAGUGAACUCGGGAUUCAGAUCAAAGAAGGAGUGAGCAAUGUACACACAGAAAAUGGUAACACCUCUCAGGAGACCCCAAGUUGGCCAAAGCAAACCAAUCUUCCAGUGGAACUAGGUAAAUCAGCAAUUGUUCAGAAACCAUCAGCUCCCAUUAAACCAAGUAAACCGUCCUUUGAAUCUCAGAUUAGUGAACGGAUAGAUAUUCUUGAGACCCGAAGUGAAGAUGAACUUGAAUGGGUUUCAUCUCUGGUUUCUCUGCAAACAGCUCUACUAAAAAAGAAGAUGGGUCGGGGAGAGAGUUUAAGAUGUCAGGAAAGGUUUCCAAGUCGGGACGGGUUUGAGGAGAAGGAUGAAAAGUCUCCGAACAGUUCCACUAUCUCCGGGAUGUCAGGGAAGGUCGCAGGGGAAUCUCAACUGAUGGAACAGCUUCAGGAUUACCUAACAAGCACCCCGGAGGUUGACAACCUAGAUCCUAUUGUGCUCAAGUACCUGGCUUCAAAACAAAUCCAGAAUAUUCUUCCUUCAAGAUUAAGUCAGCUUGAAUCCCGAGUUCGAGCUCGUGCUUCUCUUACUCCGGUAGGGUCGAGGAAGCUACCGUUCUACCUGCAGUAUAGAUCCCUGGAUAUAGGAACCGGCUCCGGUAUACAGCUUAAUCUCAGGGAUUUUGGUUCAUGUUGCCUGGUUUCUGACCGACACGCUACUCUCUUCUACGACGAGCUGAGCGGUCAGUACGAGCUGAUCAACUACAGCAGACAUGGUACUUGGGUUGAUGAGUGUUUGUACAGCCUGGAUGUACGGUGCGUUGAAAACAGGUACAAAAAGAAGCCUAAGUUGGUUGCUUCAGUUCCUGUUAUGGCCGGAGUUUCUGCAGUCCAGACUCCCUGCUACUGUAACGGUACCCCGGAACAAGGUCUGGACGAAUUUGAGGGAAGUGCUAUUCUUCAUCAUGGAAGCAGGCUCAAGUUCGGGUGCUUGGAGUUCGUAUUCACUGUGGGUGCUUCCUAAUCCUAGCAUUUCUUUGAAACUCUAAUCUUGCUUAUUUAAUCCGCUGUAUUUAAUCCUGUGGAUUCUAAUCCUGCUCAUUAGAUACCUGUAAGCUAUAUUUCGUUGUCUUGCUCUGAUUAUUUUUGUUAUUCUCUUUUUAAUACUAAAGAAAAAGAAAAAAACGAAUUUUAGUUCCGAUCUCUUCUACCUUAUCCGUGAAGUACAAAGCCAAGAUCUUGAAGAAAUUUUUUAAUUCAAGUAUCACCGUGUCAUCUAAACUUUUAUUUUUAUUUUUAAAUAUAUUAUUAAUUUAAUAUGCAAUUAACUUUUUCAGUAUUUGUCAUAUUUAAUCCUAGUUCUUAAAUAAUAAAGUAUAAUAUGACGGUAUGUUGCUAUGUAACAGUUUUCAGA